CACUCGUGAGGAUGGGGGAAAGUCGGGGCAUGGCAUGGAGGAGGGGAGGGCAGGCAGGGAAGCAACGCAGGUCUCAUCCCUACGCCCUCCUCGUGCUGUUGGAAAAGGAAGCAAGUGCGGUGCUUUUGAUUGUGCCGUUCCCCAUCUUCCCCCAACUGGUGCAGACUAAAGGUUUGUUUCUUCAGCGUGAACUUGUGCAAUUAUGUCAUGUUCCACGCGAUGGCUGAAGGUGGUACGCUGCAGUGGACACCAACACAAGAACAUGGAACGCAGUUGUUGCCUUAUCCCGCGAGGCCCACACACAGACACACACACACAAACACACUUGGUGGUGUUUGGUUGAGAGUUUCAAUGGCCGAGGUUGCACUACUUUCAGUUCUGUUUUUUUUCUUGGUCGCAAUUGCUCAGAGUUGUAGGCAAAUAGGUGGCCUCUUGGAGGUCUCAUUCCUCCAAUGAGUCUGAGUCAGGGCAGCGGUGAUCCAGAACAAUGGCGGGUGCUGCUACACCAGGAAACGCAGAAUCUUCGUGAAGAGUUGCGCAGGGAGAUGCGGGAACAGUUGGGGGAGCAACCGAAUCUGGAGCAGCUGCUUUCUGGGAAUCUUGGCCAAGCCCGCGUGCCGCCCGAGUUGCUAAGGAGCUUCACAUCUGCUACUCCAGUUGGUGCUCCUUCAUUGCUCCCCAGACCAGCAUGGUCUCGACAUGUGUCGGACGGGAAGACAGGGUCGGAGCCCGACGACUCGGAGUUGUUUGAGUGGCAUCGACAUCCGCGACUUGUUCGACCCCCACGUAGCAACAGUAGCUCUCCCAGCAACAGAUUCCGGUACCGUCACCAUGGCCAUGGUCGAGCUGCGAGCAAACAUGGCUCGCCGCACCGCCAGAAGAACAGCUUGCUCCCUCCACACAUGCCUGAGGAAGCAACCUUGAUCCGUUCAUCCCGGAGGUUCUCACAGAUGUCAAAUCCUUUGCUCAUCCGCGAGGUCCGAAGCCCUGCCCAUCAGUCCUGGAGUUUGAGGGCUUUGGUCGAGUCCUCGCUCUUCUCCAGCUUCAUUGGGGCCAUGAUUCUGAUGAACUGCAUCUUCAUUGGAAUUCAGACAGACUAUGCUGCUUCCACCUGGCAAGCCAAGGCAGUUCCGUUCUUCGUGGUCAGUGAGUUUGUUUUUGCCUUCAUCUUCCUCCUGGAGCUCAUCCUCCGCAUUUCUGCCUACAGAUGCGAGUUCUUCACUGGAUCUGACAUGACAUGGAACCUCUUUGAUACCACACUCAUCCUAUCUCAGGCGGUGGAGCAGGGGAUCACUGCGGCCAUCAUCUACAAAAGUGGCGGCCUGCAGGACUUGGAUCUUUCACAGCUGACCGACGAUGUUGUAGUUUUGCGAGCCUUGCGAAUUUUUCGCCUACUUCGCAUCUUGCGGAUUCUCCGAAUCAUGCAUAUCAGCGGGGAACUUCAGGCCAUCACCACUGCUGUGAUGAAGGGCCUUCGGUCGUUUUUAUGGACAGUCAUUUUCUUGCUGCUUCUUCUGUAUGCCGUGGGUGUGUUCAUUACGCAGAGUGUGACGGACUUCAAGAUCAGUUUGGAAAGCCGCGGCUCCUUGGACCCCGAGUUGGGCGACUAUUUUGGAUCACUGGCUGAGACGAUGUUGGCACUCUUCCAGGCCGUCACGGAUGGACAGGAAUGGCGUGAGAUGUUGAAACCGCUGAUGACCGAAAUCUCGCCAUGGAUGGCGGUGCCCUUCUGCAUGUAUAUCUCGUUUACCGUCUUUGCCUUGUUGAACAUCCUCACCGGUAUCUUUGUGGACUCGGCACUUCAGAAUGGGCAAGAAGAAAAGCGUCGCUUUCUAUUGCAAGAAGUGGGACAGCUCUUCUUGGAAGCUGACAAGGAGCAGAUGACGUGGGUGGAUUUCCAGGCUCAACUGGAGAAUCCACAUUUGCAACAGUUGUUUGCAGCCUUGGAUGUGACGGAAGAAGAUGCCUCUAUGCUUUUUCAUAUGUUGGAUGCUUCACACGAGGGCCACAUUCAAGCCGACGAGUUUCUCAACGGUUGCCUGCGCUUGGAUGGCCCGGCCAAAGCCAUCGACUUGGCGGCCUUCAUGGAGGAGUCUCGGAAGGUGAAUCGAACUUUCCUGACACAGGUGCCUUGGCAGUCAAGAUGCACCAAGUAUGGAUUGUGCAGGGUUUGUGGGCCUAGUAAGGCACUUGUUCCUAGUAGCGAUGCACUUGUUCCUAGUAACUUCUUGUUCCUAGUAACUUCUUGUUCCUAG